UACUCAGAGCCUCUUCAGAGCCAGGAGAACCGCCGCGGAGGAGAGAAUGAGGAGGAGAAGAAGAGGAGAACAUGAUCACCAGUUUAACCCGGAUUCUACAGCGCUGAACUCUAAAAUGAUGAACUUCUGGAGAUGGUGGAUUACUCUGCUGUUUUUCACAGGUGUGUCGUGGUGCGAGGCGGUGCAGGUAACAGUGCGAGACGAGCGCAGGUUCGCCAUGCUUUUCCAGUCUGUGGUUCUGCCGUGCCAGUACUCCACCGUUUCCUCCCAGACCCCUGUGGUGCAGUGGUGGUACAAGUCCUACUGCCGGGACCGCACUCGAGAAGUGUUCAGUUUCCCGGAGACCCUGGGGGUGAGGGGCUCAGAGCUGGGCACCUCCUCCCACCUGGACUGCGGCGACAGCAGCCGAACAAUACGCAUUGUUGCCUCUGGCCACGGAUCCUCCAUCACCCUCGCAGAGUAUUACAAAGGAAGGGACAUCUCAAUAAUCAACAAAGCUGACCUGCGCAUCGGAGAGCUGCAGUGGGGGGACAGUGGAGUGUACUUCUGCAAGGUGGUGAUCGCAGAUGACCUGGAAGGCCAAAACGAAGCCCAAGUGGAGCUCCUAGUUCUGGGUCAGACAGGUGUUGCUGACGAUCUCCUGCCUGAGUUUGAUAUGGAGAUUAUGCCAGAGUGGGUGUUUGUGGCAGCUGUGGUGCUGGGCAGUAUCCUUUUCAUCCUCCUGGUGGGUGUGUGCUGGUGUCAGUGCUGUCCGCACUCCUGCUGCUGCUACGUCCGCUGUUGCUGCUGCCCUGAAACCUGCUGCUGCCCUCGACACUUGUAUGAAGCAGGUAAAGGUAUAAAAACCAUACCACCAACACCGGUCGCAUUGUACCCUCCAUACUACAUGCCAGGCAUGCCCACCAUGGUGCCUAUUGCUCCACCUUCUCUCAUUGACCCCAAGAUAUCUGCUGCACCGUCUGUGGAGAAUAACACCUCUGCAGCGCACAGCGUUUUUCGUCUCCAGCCGACGCCGGAUCAGAAUUCGCUGAAGGUGCUGCAGUAUGUGGAAAGGGAGCUGGCGCACUUCAACCCCUCUAAGACCCUCAGCAGUCAUGACUCUUGCAGCGUGUCUGAGCUCAGCUCCCUCCACGAGGCCGAGACGGACUUCCGCCAGACCUUUCGUCAGGUUCAGAAGAAAGCCCUUCCAGCCAUUCCUGACCUGGAUGACCCUCCAGGCCUCCUGACAAGAGCAAUUUCACCGGUGCACGUCCAGAGGUCCACUCGUCACCCUCAGCGUGGCAACUGGAUAGAAGAUGAUCACCCCAGGUGGAACCCUCGUUCAGAGCACCUGCAGAGAAAGCCGUUCCUCAGAAAUGGACGCACAGGGUCUCUGGACGAACUCGAGGAAUUUGCCAUGACCUACAUGCAGCGAGGCCGGCAUGGAGAUUUUGACGACAUGGUGGACGAUUACCGGACACGUGGACGGCAGAGAGAGCGAGACCAAGACGCUUGGGAAAGAGAGCGCGAAAGGAACAAGGAGCGAGAGCAGGAGCAGGAGCGGGAACUCGACCGCAACCAUCAUCCACACUAUAGCUCCAAACGUUAUUACCCAAAAGACAGCCCGGAAAGACAUGGAGAGCGGCCUCAGCCUCAACCUCGGCCUCGGCCUCCGAGCCCUCCCCCCUUACCGGGAAAUGGUAAGAGACGAGGCACGUGGGACAGUGACCGGCCGGCUCCUUGCCGGGACACCGGUAACCGGGAACGCGGUGGCCGGGACUCUAAAGGAAGGGGUGCUGAGAGAGAACGAGACUACGAUGAUGCUCUUCUCAACAGCUUAUUAGAACGCAAGGCAAAAGCUGGGAGGAGCACGUCUUCGAAAGGCGGGCGGACCGAGGAAGACUCGGACACGCCCUCUAAAACCAGCUCAAAAAAGAGCUCCCACAGCCGGUCUCCGAGCAACAGGUCACCCAGUAAUCGACCGGCGGAGGAGGACGACUCCCUGCCGCCGUACACCGAGAAGGAGCUGGAGCGUUUCCGUGGCACCAAGACAAAAGAGUCCCAGCGGCCUUUCGCCUACACGCGACUCGGCCAGCCUUCACAAACAGAACAGGAAAGCAGAGAGGAGCAGAACAAGCCUCGUAAAGUGAGCACUCUUCUAAGCAGAGAUUCUCUCAUAGUCUGACGUGGUAAAGGCCGCCAGGCACGCCGUCACGCAUUGCUCCUCACCAAGCGCCUGCAGGCCUCCCUCUCCUCCGCUCACGCUUUGAUGUGCACGUCGGCGUCACGGUCAGACCUCACGCAAAGCUCUGAAGAUCGAAAAGUUGGCAUUAAAACCAGUGGGGGGCUGAAGCUAGUGAGGACUAGUUCAAAGACGUGAUACAGUGAGGAUACAGUGGUGAUGUUUACGAACUUCCAAGCACUUAAAAAUGAAGACGAUUUUUUUUUUACUUGGUGACCAAGAAACGUUUAACUGGAAAGCCAGAGGAGCAAAAGCUUACAGUUGCAAAAGAUCAAGAGUCACUGCUUGUUCUUUGCUGUUACUUUUUAUUUUUUAUUUUAUGGUACUUUCUUUAUACGUAUAAAAAGGCCUAUUCAUGCUUCUAACAAGCACAAGCACAUACUCUGCUUUUUUCCCCCAGCAAACAAUUCCUGGCCCAAUUCUGACCCACACUUACUGCUUUUAUCCAGCCCACAUACGGUGAGAAAUGACUGCAAUGAUCCACUUUUAGACCAGAACACUCAACAUUGUGCUAACUGACACAAGUGCCUUAAGUGGGCCGUAUUCAGCUCAGAUUCUACUGCUGUCUGGGUUUGAAAAAACAGUAAAGCACCAGAACAUAACAAAAGGGAAACAGUAUUGUAAAAUAAUAAAUGUAUUUUGUUUUUUUAUUGGUUCGAUUUUUUACAACCCUAAUAAAAAAAAAAUAGGACACUGUGUAAAAUGUACAUAAAUAUAAAUAUGCAAUGCAAUGCGAAAUGUAAUGAUUUAAAACUCAUCAACCCAUAUUUUAUUCACAGGAGAAUAUAUACAGUAGGUUUAAACAUGAGAUUUAAACUUGAGACAUUUUACCACUUUGUGAAAAGAGCUUUGUUGGGCCCCGAGUGGUCCAGCGGUCUAAGCGCUGCCACUAUGAGCGAAAGGUUGCAAGUUUGAAUCCCGCUCAUGCAGCUUUGCCAUCAAGCUGCCGGCGCUCAGAGGGAGCACAAUUGGCCCUGCUCCCUCCGUCUGGGUAGAUGAUGUCUCUCCCCACAUCACUCCUAGGGUGAUGUCUGCAGCACAGGGCGUCUGUGAGCUGAUGUAUCUGAACAGAGCCACUGCACUUUCAUCCAAGCGUGCUGUGAUGCUGCUCGGCAAUGCUGCAUCAGCAGCAGCUCAAAAAGGAGCGGUGACUGACUUCACAUGUAUCGAAGGAGGCAUGUCUUCACCCUCCUUUUAUUAUUAGUGAUAGGAGGAGUCCUAGUGAGUGGUGCUAAAAUGGGGAGAACAGUUGAAAAAAAAAGAAAAAAAGAGAGCUUUGAUGGCAGCAGUGCGUCUCAAAAAAGUUAGGACGGGGCAACAAAAGUCUGCCAAAGUAAAUGGUACUAAUUAAAACAGCUAAACAAAUAGAAAAAAUUGCAAUUAAUGACUGGGUAUAAAAAGAAAGUUUUAAAAAGGCAAAGUCUCUCAGAAGCAGAGAUGGAUGUAAAAAUGCUGAAACAAUUUCAAUCUAAAAUUGCGAAAAACCUUUAAUAUCCCACCGUCUACAGUACAUCUACAGUACAUAUCAUCAUCAAAAGGUUCAGUGAAUCUAUAGAAAUCUCUCUGCGCAGGAACGGGAAACAAGGCCACCAGUCUACAAUGCAGUCAGUAUGUACUCUGAUAUCUGUCUGCAUUUUGCAACAUCAUACUUAAAUAAGUAAAAGGAGGAAUUCAAGACAACAAGAUAAGGAGUACAAACUUUUGACGAAUAGCCCAUCUCCGUUCUUCCCCCAGCAUUCUGAAAUACAGAGCUUUUAGCCGAUGCUCCCAACAGGCUUACAAUGCUAGUGAUGGGGACAUAGCGUUGUCUGUGCUGUUGCCAAUUAGCAGAGGUGGAAAGUAAUGAAUUACUCAAAUUACUGUAAUUGAGUAGAUUUUAUGAGUAAUUUGUAAUUUUUAAAGUAGUUUUUAAAAUAGGUAGUUUUACUUUCCUCAAGUACAUUUUGACACAAGUACUUCACUACAUUGGAAAACUCCCAAUUACUGAGUAAAAAAUAAAAUGCUGGGAAAAAACUAUUGUCUAAAUAAAAAAUAAUAAUUGGGCGGAUGCGCCGGUGCAUGGAUGCUUGCGCGAGGGAUAACGAGGCAAUAACGUCCUCAUGCAAUACAAAAUGUGCCCUGCCGGACAGAGCUGUGAACUUUCAAAACUUCCACAUCAAACCUGUGCAAGCAUGCGGUGGUAAGUAUUGCAAGUUAAAAUAUAACAAUGGCCUGUAAAACUAUAAAAAAUAUAGUUUAUAGUCACCUAUAUUAGCAUUUUACAUUUUAACAGUAAAGAAAAAAAAGGAUCAUAGAAACCUAUGCCACUUAUUCUUGAAAAUGUUUUAUGGGCUGGUCUAAACAAAUACUGCCUGAAGGAUCCAAAUUAUUAUGUGAAAUAACAGUUCAUUAAAAACAAUUUAAUUUAUGAUUUGUUGUAAUGUUUUUACAUCAAAUAAUAAAAAGUAACUAUGUCACUUUUACUCAAAGUACAUUUUAAAUUGAGUACUUUUUUACUUUUACUCGAGUAGAUUUUUAGAUGGGUACUUUUACUUUUACUUGAAUAGAAUUUUAGCAAAGUAAAGGUACUUUUUCCACCUCUGCCAACUAGUAAUUAGGUGUAAAAUAGCAAUUAGCAUCACAACAAAAUAAAGCUAUAUCAUGAAAAGAAGGCAACACCACCCAGAAACACUGCCGUCUUCUCAGGACCAAAGCUUAUUUAAAUUAGACUGAGGCAAAAUGUUAAAACUGUUCUUUUAUUAAAUUAAUAUGGCUUUGCCUCUCUAAGAUACUCUUUAUCUUAUAACCAGCCAUGGGAAUUAGUUGCAGAUUGCUUCUAUUGCAGCUGUUUUUAUUAUUACCUCUUACUUUUCCAGCCUUUUGUUGCCCAAUCCCAACUUUUUUUAAGUUGUAAAUGAGUUGGACAUGGGAAAAUGGUAAAUUGUCUCGCUUUUACAUCUGACAUCAUGUAUUCUUUGUUCUAUCAUGAAUAAAAUAUGUAUCUAUGAGAUUUGUAGAAUGUAGAUUUGUCACUGCAUUCUGUUUUUAUGUAUAUUUAUUUACAUUUUACACAGUGUUCCAACGUUUUUUUGGAAUUGUGGUUGUAUUUGCACAUUUGUAACUGUCUUUAGUUAGCAGCACCCUCGCAAGCCUGCCCGCUCUUCCACUGCCACAAGUGUGAAUGCUCUGUGUUUGCAAACCACCUGUUGAUCUUUGCCCUGCAGAGACUCUCCCGAGUUUGAGGUCAGUAGAAGCAUAAUGGGCCUUAAGUGUUCCCCAGCGCAGACGGACUGAGUGGACAAUGCAGCAACAAUGAACACACGCUCUUUGUGACACCACAUGGGGAUGAUUUCAUGCCAUGUUACUUGGAGUCGAGCCUCGGUCUCCUGGUAAUCCAUUAAUGUUGCUGUGUGAGAUCAGACACUGCUGACGUUGUCUUCCUUCAGCAUCAUCCUUUGCCACCAAGAGGCGUCUUGAUAUUAUUACAUACAUGCCGGAGAUCGUGCCUUGUUUUACGUACUGUAACGCUAAUACUGUAAGCGCUGAAGAACCAUGUUUUUUUGUUUGUUUGUUUUUUAUAAUAGAAAAUGAACUGAAUGGCACGGACAUGGUCAGAAACUUGACAAUGAAUAAUAUAAUGCCCUUUCUUUAUUGCCUUUGAAGAUUUUUAUGUUUGUUUAUAUACAUGUACCCUAUUAUUUUUACUUUUCAAUUUUAUCUAGAUUUUAUUUCUGUAUCCAGGCUUAAGUUUCUUUUUUGAUGCUGUAUGCCCAAAAGCUUGUGCUGACCUAUCAUUAACUUAAAAAAUGUUAUAUCAUGAAAAUAUAUUUUCCAUUCCAUUUAAUUUUAAAAACACUGUUACUCUUCAUUCCAUUUCUGAUGUAUUAUGUUACACUGUUACUCUCCAUUCCAUGCUGUUUAUACAGUAUAUAGGAACUAAUGCUGCAUUCAGGACAAGUGGAAAGUCAAAUUGGUCAAACCCCAUAAUUAAAACGUUCAUAAAACUUCAAAUAUGUGAGUUUGGUGAAACAUGAAAGCUCUUGUUUGGCAGCUUUAACAAGCACUUAAAAACUAUUACAUUAGUGUGGUAAUACCGUAGUUAAAGAAUUCUAUCAAUUAAAUCAUUUGAAAGUGGAUGGAUUAUAUGUCAAAACAGGAAAAUAAUAUAAAGCAUGCAGUCAAAAUCUAUUCUAGUAUCUCUCUGCAUUUUGGAAUAUCAUACUUAAAUAACUUCUGAUAAAAAUCUGAUAAAAUCUGAUGUGAAAUUGACUUGGGAUGUAGUGAAACAUGAUAUCAAGUAUUUGGUGAAUAUCCCAGCUCUGUUCUCCCCAAGCAUUCCACAAUACAGAGCUUUUAGCCGAUGCUCCCAACAGGCUUACAAUGCCAGUGAUAAGGGCAUAGAGUUGGCAAUGCAAAGCCAUCUAAUUCAAUCGAAUCUAAUUUUACAACAAUAAAAAUAAUAAAGUAACCUCACACUUUAUUGGUAGUAUUCUGACCAUGACAUUUAAAAUGAGGCACUGAGAACUUUGAAAGUGCACAAGUCGAUUAUUAAAAAAACACUGUUUAUACACACAGUACCUUGAGGUAGUUUUCUUGAAAUAAAGUCACAACAAUUUUAACUGACAAGCAUUAAUGCGAAAGAGCUAGCACUUAGAGCAGAUAAUAGCUAAUGCUAAUGCUGCUCUAGCAGUGCUAGCCGGGGUUAGCACAGUCUACAGGCCGAUAAUACUCACCUUUGAACAGGGAAAUAGCGGUUAGCAGCUAAUGCUAAGCCCCAGUGCUGGAGAACCAAAUUGAAACUCCUGUAUAACACUGCACUACAGUAGAAUUCAUACAUAAUGCAUACUGGAUUAAAAAGCGCACUGACGAUUUUGGAAAGGAAUUUAAGUGCGCCUUAUAAUGCAAAAAAUAGUAUAAUAGUGUUUACUAGUGUUACUAGUACAUAAAGCCACACAGCUGUUAAAAAAAUGUCUGUUUUCAAAAAUGUCAUUUAAAAAAUAUAGUCCCCAAACAAAAUGUCAACAUAUCAUUGUUGUCAGUGUGUGUAUUUCUUUUCCGUGAGAUGUACAGCGCUGUCGUUUGGUAUGUUUGUAUGCUUGUACGUGAGACUGCGCUGGUAGUCUUGUGUUGUGUAAAUUAGGCUGUGUUGUUAUUGAAGAUGACUCACACUCUUGUCUAUUGUCUGCUGUCACAUAAUAGGUGUCUCUGACUGACGUCUCAAUCCAGCAACACACUUACCUUUCUCCAUUCAGAUGUACGGUAUAUGCCAAUGCCUGGUAUUGUUCCAAGAAAUUGCUGGAUAAUUAACCAGUCCAAACCAAUACAUAGUAGUCCCAGUAAUAUGUGUUACAUUCAUGUUGAUGACUGAUUUGUGUUCGUGCCUGCUGUCCUGUUUUACCAUCGUUCUCCUUCUUCUUUUCCAUCACGGACAAACACUCAAUUUCCAAUGUUCAUGCAAAAUUCCUGUUGUACUAUAUGAGUGUUAUUGUGCCAAAUUGACCUAUUUAUUUUGCUCCAGAAAUGCUGACAUGCUGCGUUUACUCCUUCCAGUUUUUUUUUUUACCUCAGUAUGCACUGCUUUUUUCCUGCCAGUUUAAUAAAAAAAAGUCUAAAUCCAAAUUCACUGCAUUCAUCACAUUCCUGCCUGACCGUUCCCAUUCCAUGUUCUUGGUGUUUGAAGUGCAUUGAAGCAGUGUCUCCUGGUACCAGGUUUCUGCUUCACACUUGCGCUCUCUAAAGGAGGUCUGGCAGCUAAAAGAAGAAGAAGAAAAAGAAGACGAAUGCAAGGAAUGCUGUUGAGCAACUUCCACAUUAAGAUCUAAUGAAUAAUGACAUCAUCAUAUCUAAACACUGAAACUGUUUUUUUUUUAACUAUAUAUAUAGCAGUGUGUAAGACUGGUGGAGAAGAACAUGCCAAGAUGCAUAAAACUGUGAUUAAAACCAGGAUUAUUCCACCAAAUAUUGAUUUCUGAACUCUUCUGAACUUUAUGAAUAUGAACUUGUUUUCUUUGCAUUAUUUGAGGCCUAAAAGCUCUGCAUCCUUUUGUUAUUUCAGCCAUUUCUCAUUUUCUGUAAAUAAAUGCUUUAAAUGACAAUA